GUUUAUUCCAAUUUACAGGGGACCAAGUCAUACGUACAAGAUACAACGGCUGAUAGAAUCCACAUGUUACUCGUUCAGAAUACAGGCAGUCAGUGAUGCUGGGGAGGGACCUUUCUCAGACAUAUGUACCUUCUGCACAACUAAGUCAGUCCCACCUGCAAUCAAAGCCCCUCGAGUGACACAGCUGGGAGGAAACGCCUGUGAAAUUACCUGGGAAAUGGUCCCACCCAUGAAGGGAGAUCCUGUUGGUUAUGUUCUGCAGGUACUGGUUGGAAGAGAAUCUGAAUACAAGCAGGUGUACAAGGGAGAAGAGACCACAUUCCACAUCUCAGGCCUUCAGCUCAACACAGACUAUCGGUUUCGCGUCUGCGUCUGCCGCCGGUGCUUGGAUACCUCACAGGAACUUAGUGGACCUUUCAGCCCAUCCGUUGCCUUUAUGCUUCAGCGAAAUGAGAUCAUGCUUGCAGGAGAAAUGGGAAGCAUAGAUGAUCCUAAGAUAAAAAGCAUGAUUCCUACUGAUGAACAGUUUGCAGCCCUCAUCGUUCUUGGCUUCGCAAGUUUGUCAGUUAUAUUUGCCUGUAUAUUACAAUACUUCUUUAUGAAGUAGGGGAUUCAAUGGAAGUUUGAGAUACAACUUUAACUAAUGCUACGCAUUAUAAUCCCACAUUUAUUCAGAUAUUCCUUUUUUUUGAAAUCCUUUUGUUCUACCAUACAUUUUAUAUACUUCUCUUGUUUUUACAGUUCUAGCUUGAAGAAAGAUAAAUCAGUGUUUUGGUGCACCUUUUUGAAAUUCAAAACUCGGAAGUGGUCAAACUGGAGAAACAAACAAAGCAGACACCAAAAGCAAGAUUAUGGUUUUUAUUCACUGUUUCAAAAUUGUCACCAAUUUGCCUUUUCAACAUUGUUUUGGGUUUUUUUUCACUGAUGUUUGUACACUCUUUUGUUUUAUCUUACUAUUUAGGAAAUUUGAAUCAUGAGUCACUUUUUUGUCGCUUCUUUUUCCUUCUAAACAUUAGUCACAAGUGUGUAUAGUGGUAAGACUAGAAUACAGUGUUAGUCAACAGUACCAAGUUUUCCUUGAACAGUAUUAGCCAUGUUGCCUAUGAGUUAUUCACUACAUUUGCCCCAUUUUUUCAAGAUAAAAUGUAAGUUAUUUUAACUGUUUAAUGCAUUUAAAUUGGAACAAUAUCCUGCAGUUGCAAAACCUUUUUAAUUAUCUGUUACUUUUACAGUUGCAACACUAUAAACUGCCUGUAUAAGAAAUCAAAUAACCAAAUUGCAUAUAAAUUAUGAAGCAUUAUAGAUAUUUUUUACCAUUUUGAUUCCUAGCAGUAAUUUUAAGUAAGAGGGCAUUGUGCAAUAGUUAGUUAUUCCCAUGUUCAGCUAUUUAAAAGCUGCUUUAACUUGUCUGUUUGUCACUGUAUAUAACUAUUCCUAUUCUAAUACUAGAUACUAUUCUAUUAUGUUCAGCCUGAUUUAUAUGAUUAUUGCUGGUGACAGCUUACUGCCUCUACUGAAUUAGGUGAGAUUUUCACUCAGUAUAAGCAAACUUUACUGUUGGUUGAUCUUUUUUUAUUACUAUUAUUUUUUGGAGGGGUAUCCAUUUUAUGGAACUUUUUUGGAGGUAUCAGAAAUUAGGUCUGUUUAUUUUAAAUACCUUAAAUGGGUGUCUAUGCUAUUCUUACCACAGGGCUAAUUGAAAUAAUAACUUGGUACAUGGCAAAAUUCAGAUGAGAGUCCUGCAGAGGAAUAGUCCCUGCUCUGAUGGGAGCGUGUGCCCCUCCUGCCUGCCCCUUCCCAGACACACAUUUUAAUUCAUCAAGAUACUAGAUUUUUAACUCUGGAAUCAUUGGGUUAUUUAUAUUAAGUCAACAUUGUGCAAGUACCUCAGGGACAUAAAUGAGCUGGAGGUGCAAACAGAUUCCAAAAGGGUGCAACAGACACAGUGUAUUUCCCUGCCUCUCAUUUUUGUAUAUUUUUGCUACUUGGUUUUGCUUUUGUCCUAGCUAUUUUGUGCUCUGUCUGCAUUGUCUAAGAUUCAGUGUCCUGUACUAGCAUAAUAUUCCCUUAACCAAAGUAAUGGGGAAAAAACAACAUUAUUUUUGUUUUAGGUUUAUUUAUACUAUAUACUGCAUACAGUACUUUAAAUACCAAUUACAGUGCAAUCUUUUAUUUAUUGUAAAAAAAAAAAUAAAAAGUGUACUUAUGUACUAAUCCCCCUCUCUACCCUCCCCAUAGCAUGUUAUAUUCUGUCUGUUUUAUACUGUUGUACUUUAGGUCAACUUUUUACCUGACAGCAUUCCUAGUGUUAUUAAUCUUCUUACAUUUUCUUGUGUUUUUGAAGAUGGGAGCAUCUAGUACAUUAAAUGCCAAAAAAAGAAAAACAAGAAAAAAAAAACCAACACAUUAUCAGUGAUUCAAACGUUUACAUAUAUCCAAAAACAUAAUCAUCUCUGGAAAGAAAGUGCUAAGAUCAAUGAAUUAUUCUGUGUGCCUCUCUAGAUGUAGCAGAUAUUAGAAAUGUUCUGUAUUUUGUUAUUGACUAUAAUUAGUUUAAUUUAGCCUUGCAAACUAAUGGCAUUGAGCUAAAUAUAUAUAUUUUUUUGGUUUUGCCAAAGUCAUGGCUUGUCAAAUUUAUUUACAUCUUAUUUAAAUUUAUUUGUGAUAUGAAACUUUGUGACCUUGCAUCUGUAUUUUGUGAGCAAAGCGUAUACAGCUGUUUUCAGUGGCGGGGGGUUAUUUUUUAAAACAAUGAAAAAACUGCUAGUUUGGAAACCCAGAAACUUUAAGAGAUUCCCUU